CGUCAGCAGAUGAUGAUGGCGGAAAGAGAAAGAGAUUAUAUGUAUUCGCGUCAGUCAUACAUGGGUCCAAAUAGAUACUAUGCUAAUCAGCAGUAUUUGGAGCCUGUUGUUGGACAGAGAGGGUCAUAUUAUGAAAGUUAUGGGACGGAUGAUGGUUAUGAUGAUGAUAUACCAUUAGGUAUCGGUGGAUCUGCCGUAUCUUCAGGACAUUCAAGACAAUUACGUGGCACUCGAAAUGUUGGUAGACGUCGUGAUAUUGAUUAA